CUAGCUGGCACCCUUCCCAUACCGUCCACGAUCUUUCCUCGCUCCCUCGACCGGAUAGAUUGGAUGCAUCCUCAGCAGUGCAAUGGACGGUGUGGGCCAGUCAUGGGCCGUCCAGACGAUUCGACCAUGUCCCCGAUUGCUUCCCCUCUGAAAAUUGAGACCACUCGACGUUUGUCCAACCAGUCUUUGCCCGACCGAUCUCCCGACAGUCCCAGCCCAGCCAAACUCCGUCGACGAGCCUCACAAGGAUCUCUGCGAACCAAGCCUUCUCCUGUCUCCCGCUUUCUCUCCAAGGGCAGCGUGGCCGUCAACUUCCCGUCUUGGGAACUCCGCGGCUUCUCACCAGGCUCGCCGCUUCGGGUGGAGUCGCGCACCCGGUCUGCAGAUUCUCGUCUGCGCCUGUCGACGACCGUGUCUCGCGGGCCGAGACCGUUGACGGCCCAUUCGCAUUCUUCUUCGUCGCCGUGGAACUCCCCGCCAUCAUCCUUCCAGAGCGACUACCCAUCCACUCUGCCGCCGACCCCGCCGGAUGACGAUAACCACAUUGCGUGGAACCCGCAGUCUGAGAUGCUCUUGUUCGACUCACACUCACACCAGGAGCCUGGCUCCUCCGUCAUGAUGGAUGAGGGUCCGAGAAUGAAUACCUCGCCUGCGACCGGACCUUCCGACACCUUGAGCAGCCCAUCAGAUGGCCUCUCACAUGGAUCGUCCAGCUCAGAUGGUAGCCCAGGUCCCCAUGACGAGAUGGAUCUUCAACAAGACGUUGGAUCAUGGCUGGACCAUGGCAUCAACGUAACGGUAUCUUCACUCGGAAUGUCGAACCCGCGAGGAGACGCCGUCAAGAUUGUUUCGCAGACCCUUCCAUAUCCACGAACAUCUGAUCAAUCAAUUUCACUUCCACCAAAUGAUAGCGUCUUCUGCUCGAUUGUCCAGGCUGUGCACAACCACUUACAACCUGGUCAAUCGCCCUAUAUCAACGUCACCCAUGCGGUGCCGGAACAAUUCAGUCUCUCCAACCUUCCGCACUCUCCCCCUAGCACACCUCGCUCUCCAACCGCGGCGGAUGAUUAUUUCAACGCGACCGUCUUCUCCAGUGCUGCCGUGGUGGGAGCCUACCAUGAUUACCGGGGGCCGCUCCAACGGCAGCUUGCCCACGCUCCUAUGCCUAUCGUGCCACCUCACAGCGUUCACAUCUCGGUUCUUGAGCGGUAUCUCCCUCCCCCUUCAGCACAAGAAUACCGGGAUAUCUUCUGCCGCACCCGUCCAUCCUUCCUAGUUGACCGACUUUGUGAACUAUCCCCCGACGGAGGUUCCCUUCUUUUCAUCUAUCCGACCAAGAAGGGUGCAUCGACCUUCAAGUCCCAAUACCUUGGCCCCAUCCUUGAUCCUCUGCUGCGUCAGCUUGUGGUAGUUAAUGGCCUCUCUGCCGAUGUUGGCCGCUACCUUGGCAAACUCUCGACUGUCUCCCAAAUGGAUGACUUCGCCACCAUGAAGGCCAACAUUGUCGCUCUCUGCGAAACCCUGAGCUCUCCAUCGUCCCAAUUCCAAGUUGCCGAUGCCGGUAAAGCGAAUGCUCACCUGGAUCGGAACUUGUGGGUGGAAUGGUUCAUCCACCAGGAAAAGGCCCGGAUGAAGGAAGUCCUCAGUCUGUACUGGCAGAAUGGUCGCCGUCCGCCCGUCAACAAGGCCAUGUCAACUGGUGGGUCUGGUGGUCUUAUGACCGAUAAAGAAGUUACCUCCGCUAUGUUACUCAGCGAGAUAUUCGACGGUAUCCGCAAGCGCCCUUACGGUGAUGACAGCGAGCCGCGUGACGGUGUCGAGCUUGGCGUCUUCGUGAUCCGACGAACUCACUGA